GGCGGCACCGCAUCCGCGAUGGCCACCGCGCUCGAGUACUACGCGCUGCUUCAUCAGCUGGACUGCAGGGAACGUUACCAUGCCGUGACAAGCGACGACGGUUUGGUCGUGAAAGCGUCCUUGCUACCGAAUGCGGGACUGGGAUUGUUUGCCACCAAGACGUUCUACGAGGGCGAUAUCGUCUGCGUGUACACGGGGCACGUCUUGCCGACCGCUGAUGCAUUGAAAGUCCCAGACAAGUCGUACUUGAUGCGCCUCGGAGGUGGAGUUUACAUUGACGCGAGGGAGCGCUUUGACGUGAAAGCACGAUACGUCAACGAUUGCAGAAGUCGAGGUGUGCACAACGUCAAGUUCGACAAGGUACCCGACCGCAAGCACGCACUCGUUCGCGCGACACGCAUCAUUUCCACGGGCGAUGAAGUCUACGUCGACUAUGGCACGUGGUAUUGGCUUGCGUAUAACCUGAGCAACCCCGACCACCCCAUUAAGUAAUCGUAGCCUUGGAUGCUGCGCCAGGUGCCGUUAAGACUGCCGCGCUCCCGCCACUCAAUCUCGCGUUCCGUAGCAGUCUGUGUCCACCGCUCAAACACUCGAUUCCCCACAAGGUUCAUGCGUCAAUCCCAUCGCAUUGAGCAAACGGUGUCACGGGGAGUGCCGGGGACCCUUCCUCACAGAGACCAUCCGACUUUUCACGCCCUCGUACAUGAAGGGCAAGCUAUACGCCAGAUUAUUUACGCUACGAUGUCGGUAG